UAAAAUACUUCCUACGUAGGCUGCAAACUAAGUUUUUGAGCACAGGCAUUUUCUCUCUCCUCUACACCAGGAUGAACCAAGAAAAGAUGAAACACCAACGGGAGAGCAUCAUCCCGGCCUCUGAGCCUAGAAAUCCUGGCCCUGGGGUCAAGGGUCGCGUAGCAGCUACGGACAUGAAAGAUGAACUGUCGAUGCAGGACCCCGAGUCCAAUAUGAAACUGGCCCAGCGGAUCGAAAAGGACGUGCAAAUCCUGAACUGCACUCUAGACGACAUCGAGAUCUUCGUUGCACGUCUUCACAAAGCAGCAGAGGCUUUCGCGCAACUCAACCAGCGCAACAGGAGCAAGAAAAACAAAAAGAGAGGACCGGCAGAGGGAAUGCUAACACUACGAGCUAAACCUCCAUCAGAAGGCGAGUUUAUCGACUGUCUUCAGAAGCUGAAACUCUCUUUCAAUCUGCUGGCCAAAUUGAAGAAACACAUCCAGAACCCUACCGCUGCAGAGCUCGUGCACUUCCUGUUUGGACCUCUGGAACUGGUGAGGAACUGAACACAUGCACAAAAUAAAAACACACCAUAAACUUCUGUUGCUUUUAUUAUAGAAAUUGAUGCUUAGAAUUACGUCAGACUAAAUAAAUGCUCA